AUGAAGAUGAACAAGAUGACGACGACGGCGAUGUUGAUGGCGGCGGCCUGCGUGGUGCUGUGCCUGGCGACCCUGGGAUCGGCCAUCAGCCCGCGCUUCGACGAGCGGGGCUACACGCUGCUGGCCGACACCCACGCCGCCCGAUCCGAGUUCAACGCGUGGGCGCGCCAGAACGGGCGCAGCUACGCGGCCCAGGAGUUCGGCUACCGCUACAACGUGUGGCGCGACAACGCGGCCUACGUCGAACACUUCAACGCCAACGCCAACGCCUCGUUCACGGUGGGCCUCAACGACCUGGCCGACAUGACCCUCGACGAGGUGGCCCGCGUCUACACCGGCCUCGCGCCCGCGGCCAACCCCUUCACCGACGCCUCGUCGCCCGCUGCGCCUGUCGUCGACGACGAGACCGAGCUCGAGCGUGUGGCGCGUCAGCUGCCGGCCAGCUACGACUGGAGGAACGCGGGGGCGGUGACGCCGGUCAAGAACCAGGGCUCGUGCGGGGCCUGCUACACGUUUUCGGCCAACGCCGCCAUCGAGGGCAUGUACAAGAUCGCCGCGGGCCAGCUCACCUCCCUCUCCGAACAGAUGCUCCUGGACUGUGCGCAGGGAACGGGCAACCUGGGAUGCAACGGAGGCAACAUGGAGAUCACCUACUCGUGGAUCCUCAACAACGGCGGCGGCGUCAACACCCUGGCGUCCUACCCGUGGUCCGGCUUCCGCAGCACCUGCCGCUACUCGGCCAGCAACAACGGCGCCGUCAUCAAGGCCUAUCGUCGUGCGACGAGCGGCAGUGAGGCGGGUCUGCUGACGCUGGCCUCGCGCGGUCCCGUGUCGGUGGGCAUCAACGCCUCGCCGCGCUCCUUCACCUACUACCGCAGCGGCACGCUCAUCGACUCGUCGUGCACGGCGGCCGGCAUGAACCACGCCGUGACCGUCGUCGGCUGGGGCACCGAUGCCAGCGGCAACCCCUACUGGCUCAUCAAGAACUCCUGGGGCACCUCUUGGGGUCUGUCCGGCUAUGCGCAGAUCGGGCGGAACAGCGGCAACAUGUGCGGCAUCGCGACGAUGGCCUCGCAGCCCUGCUUCAAGGCCGAUUGCUCCCAGUAA